AUGCCAGGCAUACCUCCUUCAGGGCUCAAUUCUCUCUUUACCUUUUACUUCUCUUUCCCCACUUUCAUCUUUAUCUAUCUUUACUAUUUCUUUUUCUCUGCUCCAUCAUACCUUUUCUAUUUUCAUUCUCACUUUGCUUUUUCUCUCUACCUUUUCUCUUUUCAUUCUCUCUCUCUCUGUCUACCUUUUCUCUUUUCAUUCUCUCUCUCUGUCUACCUUUUCUCUUUUCAUUCUCUCUCUCUGUCUACCUUUUCUCUUUUCAUUCUCUGUCUACCUUUUCUCUUUUUCUCUCUCUCUGUCUACCUUUUCUCUCUUCAUUCUCUCUGUCUACCUUUUCUCUCUUCAUUCUCUCUGUCUACCUUUUCUCUCUUUCAUUCUCUCUACCUUUUCUCUCUUUCAUUCUCUCUACCUUUUCUCUCUUUCAUUCUCUCUAUUUCAUUCUCUCUACCUUCAUUCUCUCUCUCCCUCUCCCUUUUCUCUCUUCUCUCCCUCUCCCUUUUCUCUCUUCUCUCUCUCCCUUUUCUCUUCUUCUCUCUCUCUACCUUUUCUCUCUUCUUCUCUCUCUCUACCUUUUCUCUCUUCUUCUCUCUCUCUACCUUUUCUCUCUUCCCUUCCUCUCUCUCUACCUUUUCUCUUUUCCCUCUCUCUCCCUUUUCUUUCUCUCUCUUCCUCUCUCCCCCUCCCUACCUUUUCUUUCUACCUACUUUUUCUUUAAGAUUUCCCCCCCCUCUCUCUCUCUCGACUUUUUUUCUCAUUAAUUUUCACUCGGCCAUUUUUUUUCUUUCUUUCCCUCAUCCUCUUUGCCUAACUUUCCUUUCUCUUUUCCCUAUCGUAUCCUUUGCCUCUUUUCUUGAGGCAUGUUUGAAAUGUCCUCCUCUUUUCCUCCCUCUCCAACGUCUCUUUUUUUUCAUUCCACCUCACUACCUCCCGAUCUCCUCUUCACCAUCCUUCUUUUUUAUCUGCUCUGUUUACUACCCAUUGAAGCAGUGUAGACGGUCUGGAUUACGGCCGACUAUUGAUAUAGGUAGACUUGACUCCAUCUACCCUGUCAGAAUAGAAGUGGCACCACAAAAAAAGAAAAACGUGUUUGAUUUCGUUUUACCAUUCUUUGUACAUGCAUAUAUCGUUUGGCCUUUUUUACUCUGUUACUCUCCUUUGUGUCUCUCUCAUUUUUUGUUUCUCUCUCUUCGUCUCCCUCUCUCUCUCUCUCUCUCUCUCUCUCUCUCUCCUCUGACUUUUCGUUUUUCUCUUCGUCUCUCUCUCUCUUUCUCACUCUCUCUCUCCCCCUACUUUGUUUUUCUCUCGUUAUUUGUAUCUAUCCAUUUCUCUCGCUUUUCUCUCUGUUUAUCACUUUCCACUUACUUCUUCUCUCCCCUCUCUUCUUCCUCCUCUCUCUCUUCCCCCUCUUUCUUCCUCCUCUCUCUCUUCCCUCUCUUCUUCCUCCUCUCUCUCUUCCCUCUCUUCUUCCUCCUCUCUCUCUUCCCUCUCUUCUUCCUCUCUCCCUCUCUUCUCUCCUCUCUCCUUCCCUCUUCUUCCUCCUCUCUCUCUCUUCCCUUCCUCCCUCUCUCCUUCCCUCUCUUCUUCCCCUCCCUCUUCCCUUUUACCCUCUCUCUCCUCUCUUCUCCCUCCUCUUACCUCCUAUUCUUCCUCUCUUCUUCCUCCCUCCCCCUUCCCUUUUACCCUCCUCUCUCUCCUCCUCUAGUUUUCCCUUACUCUCUCUCUCUCCUCUAG